AUGGACGCUUCUUUGCGGAUACUCACGCUCAAUAUAUGGGGACUCAAGUUCGUAUCCAAAGACCGACAGGCACGAGUGCGUGCAAUAGGCGAUAUCCUCGCUGCCAGCGGUCCGUCUACUUCCGGAAGUAACGACAGCCGCUCGUCCACCGGUUCAGCGAAAUCGACAGACGCCCUGCAAUCCGUAUCAGCACGUUCGAGCGGAUAUGAUCUGGUCUGUCUGCAAGAAGUUUGGGUGCGAGCGGACGGAGAGCAUCUCAAGCUGAGAGCAAGAGAGAGCGGGCUCAUCUACUCUCGCUUCUUCUACUCGGGAGCAUUGGGAUCUGGUUUACUCAUGCUAUCGCGGCAUCCUAUCGUCGAGUCAAAUAUCAAUCCGUACAGACUGAACGGGCAGCCUCUGCAUGUCAUCCAGGGCGACUGGUUCGUCGGAAAGGCAGCUGGUUCCAUCGUGGUCGAUGUUCCAGGCGUGGGACUCGUUGAGGUCUUCAAUACACAUCUACAUGCACCCGGUGGCGAAGGGCCCGACGAAUGGCGUCGUGCGCAUAGGCUGUCACAGGCAUACGAGCUCGGCAAGCUGGCCGACGCAGCUUCAUUGAAAGGCCGACAUGCCGUUUGUGGUGACCUCAACUCUCGGCCAGAAUCUCUGGUCAUUCGCAUGUUACAAGAGCGAGGCAAUCUACAAGAUGCAUGGGCGCAAUCUCGUCCCUCAAGCCAUGCGAGCAGUGCGCCUAGACAGAUGACACCUCAAAGUGCGCUACAAUACGACGGCGUGACGUGCGACUCGCCGAUCUGCUCCUACACUGUCGGUAAACAUAUCAGCGAUGACGCCCGACAGUCAGGCGGCAAGAGACUAGACUAUGUUCUAUUCAGCUCGCAUCCCAGCGCUACACGCAGAUUAGAAGCGAGGUCUUGCAAGGUCGUCUGUACUGAACUCACGCCCGGCUAUUCGUUCUCGCUUUCCGAUCACUUUGGGGUCGAAGCUGUGUUAUCGCUCGGCGCGCCAAGCGAUCAAGCUUCUACCUCAGGUGGCCCAACACAGCUAGAACAUCAGGAACAGCCUCGCAUCACUACAGGCAGACUGUCAAGCGAGAGUCUCAAUACCGGCUUGGGAGCGUUACAACAGCACAUGCGACAUGCGAGCGUGACAGCCCAAUUUCAUCUCCGCCUCUUUGCAGCUUCGAUCGUGUUUGUGCCUGUCUUGGCAAUCGCAGCGAGUUUCCAACCGCUCAAGUAUCUCAACUGGAUAUUCACCCUGCUAGGUGUGGCGACUGGCUUCAUGGGCACAACGAUGCUGUAUGUCGGUUUUGUAGGCGCCAGAUGGGAAAUGGGCAGGCAAGUCUUUGCUCUCCCCCACAAGUGCGUGGCGCUGAUGAUGCAGCUAUGCCUCGCCAGUCUCCGCAACGUCAUGGACGAGAUGGAAGCCGAAGCGGCGCGUGCGAGAACAUCAGGCCACUUCAGACGGACAUGA